GGUACAUUAGGAGGCAGAGCAGUGCAGUGCAGAGCACAGCAGAGCGGGGCAGGGCUACGCAGCGGCAUCGCUAGAGUGAGAGAGAGUGAGAGAGCAGAGGAGAACGUGUGUUCUGGGACUGGCUCUGUGAGUUUUCUGUUUUUGUUUGCUUGCUCUCUUUCGUUACCUACCUGUCUGAGUUCGCCAUGGCUGACUGGGGGCGGAGUGAGGCGAGGUGAGGUGAGGUGAGGGGAGGGAAUGCUGCAGUAGCCAUGGCUACUUCUUCUUCUUCUUCGUCUUCGUCGUCGUCGUCUUCUGCGGGUUGUGGUGUGCGUGAAGGCGGGUAGGAGUGCUGCACAGUCUGUGUGAAGGGUAAUGACAUGACAUUGCGCGUGCUAGAGAACCUGCAUUAUCGUUUUGGUAGUCUCCGUGAGAGGGUUGAAUCAGAGCGAGAGCGAGAGAGAGAGAGAGCGAGACAGUGAGAGAGACGAAGCGGUGGUGCGGGUGGCCAUGGGGGCCCUAAAUAAUAAUCCGACCGGGGUUAGGGGGAGCAAAGGAGUGUCUGCUCACCAGCUUAGCAAUGGACUGUUCGUGUCGGGGCAGCCGGAUCGGGGCAGGGACAAGGGGACGAUCAUGAGUGUGCCGCAGAUGCCCUACACGGGCGGGGACAUCAAGAAGUCAGGGGAGCUGGGGAAAAUGCUGAACAUUCCUGUGGAAUCGAAUGCGUCGGCCAAAUCCGGGGGCCGGAGGUCGGGUGGUCUGCUCACGGGCUCCUCAUCGCAGCGGUCGUCCAACCCCGGUGGUGCGUCAUCGUCUCAUUCUGGACCGCUUUCUGGAAAUGGGACCGGUCGCAAUGCAUUCUCAGCGUCGGGUCCUUUAAACUCAUCCGGCGCGCCUGCACCCUGGGUUCCAGGGAAAUCUGCUGGCACGUUCUCGGGUCCAUUUUCAGCGGCUGCUACUCAAGCACAGCAGCACAGUCAUAGUAGCACUGGAGGUUCUCACUCCGGACCGCUGGGGCGCAGCGCAGAGUUGAGUGUUAAGGGCGGUGGAACUGGGACGAAACCGGCAUCAGGCCCAUUGUCAGCAUCGAAUUCUCUUAGGGCCUCGGGGCCGCAGCAGCAGACACCAGUGCUUCCAGCUACGGGCCUCAUUACUUCUGGUCCCAUUAUAACGUCUGGCCCGUUGACGUCCACGGGAGCACCGCGGAAAGGUUCCUUGUCUGGGCCGCAAGAUUCUUCUGCAUCGAUUUUAGUAGCAGGGAGUGGCUCAGUAAAGGUUGGGGAAAGUGGCCGUCCUAGCUGCAACUCUCUUGCUAUCAACAGCUUAAACAACGCCCAUGAGUAUUCGUUUCCGAAGAACUUCCCACGAAUGAUAAUAUAUACACUUAUACCCCUAUUUGUCAUUGGUUUCAUUGCGGGAGCAUUCAUCUUUGCUGCAGUCAAGAAUGCUAUUCUUCUCUUUGUAGUGGCAGCGCUGUUCGGUGUAGUGGUGGUCCUGCUUGCAUGGAACACUUUUUGGGGCAAGCAGGCCAUUUUCGGAUUCUUGGCCAAAUAUCCUCACUCCGAUCUUUCUACAGCUAAAGAUGGUCAACUGGUGAAGAUCACAGGGGUUGUGACCUGCGGGAGUGUUCCGCUGGAGUCAUCUUAUCAAAGGGUAUCCCGUUGUGUAUAUACAUCCACGGGUCUCUAUGAGUAUCGACAUUAUUCUUCGAAGAAAGCUAGUGAGAAACAUCGGCGGUUUACUUGGGGACUGCGGCAUGGCGAGAGAUAUGUCGUGGAUUUCUACAUUUCCGAUUUUCAGACAGGUCUUAGAGCCUUGGUGAAAGCUGGCUAUGGAGCUCGGGUGACUCCUUGUGUCGAGGAAAGUUCUAUUGUGGAUCUCCUUCCGACUCAGAAGGAUAUUCCAACUGAUUUUUUGCGGUGGUUGACUGAACGAAACCUCUCUGCCGACGAUCGUGUGAUGCGACUAAAAGAAGGUUACGUGAAGGAAGGAAGCACAGUGACGGUGAUGGGUGUCGUUCAAAGGCACGAAAAUAUUUUAAUGUUAGUGCCACCUCCCGAGCCUGUGUCAACGGGUUGCCAAUGGUCCAAAUUCAUAUUGCCAGGCACCCUGGAGGGUAUUAUUUUGAGAAGUGAAGAACCUUCUGAAGCGGAUGGGGUACCUGUGUAAUGAAGUUUUGGCUCUCAAGUGGAAGUUCUUUACUUUGGCUGAUCUGACUUUUUGUGAAAUAUCGGCAAGAGUGUGGAAGGUAUGAAGUUAAACUAGGUUAGAGUACCAUUGCACGUUGAUCAAUUGCGUUGAAUGUAUAUCCUCCGAGACAUGUGGGGUCAAGAAUGGUCGAAUUUACUGAUGCUGCCCGGUGCUGGGUUUUCUCCUGAUCCACCUACGCAGCCCAAGUUGUCUCUACGUCCAUUGCCUACGGUGGUGGCACGAAGAGUGGCUAGAAUCAUUGACUGAAUUCGGUCGCUCGGGGUGGGAGCUUGGUGUGACGGAAUACGAUGUUGGUGCAGAACAGUGUGUAGACUCGAUCCUGCCAUUGCUGUACAUAAGGUAGCAGUAGCAAGAUGUAUUUGAUAGCUUUCCUUGACUUUUAAACUUCUGAGGAGUCUUUUUUAGACUACCUUCAAUGUAAUUUUUGUUGGCAGAGUUUUGCCAGUUGUAUUAGAUGGUCCAGAGGUUCGGUCCAACUUGAUCUAGGAGAUGAAUUUUCUCUGCAUUGGAAAUGUUAGGUGAAAGAUCUGUACUCACUGGUGUCACUGUUCGCACUUGGCUAAGCAUUAGAAUAGAAAUGGGCUGGGGCUCGACAUUUAUCCA